CAACAGGUUGUCGAGAAGUUGCAAGCGAAGAGUCGAGCGCAAAAGAAGCUUGCUGAUGAGGCGGAGUUACUCGCAAACGCAAAUUUGAUGAAGUAUCGUCAACUGAACGCAGCACUUGAGAGUGUUGAGCAUCGUGCUUCGAACGCAGAAAAUGGCCUUCAACGAAUCCGUUCCAAGCAGCGAAUCGUCGACACGACCACAACGAAGACUCUCAAUCAAAUUAAAAAUUCACCCUCAUUUGAUAAUCAUUCGGUGCUAUUUGCUGCAGAAGGUGAUGAAGAAAAACCUAGUCUGCAUAACUUUUAG